CGUGAUGUAGCGUUCGCGUGGUUUUGUUAUUUUGUGUGUAAGCCAAUUGCUUUAUUUAAAAUUACUAUUACUACAAGUGCAAUACAUAAUAUAAAUAUAACUUUUUUAUAUAACGCGUUGAUUAAUUUAUUUUUAAAUUAGAAUAUAUGCCUUAGAAAAAUUAAUGAAUGUUAUUCGAUAAAUUAAAAUAAAUUAUAUUAAAUUGAGAAAUAAACAAUUGUAUCAUGCUUUUAAUUUAAUUUUUCAAUGAUAGUUUCGUAAACACAAUCUCAAUAAAAAUAAUAGCAAAAUAUUAGACACGUUGCUUAUUAUUUUUAGUUGUCAAAAAAUGAUUUUUUUUAACUGGAACCGUUAAACUUAAGAUAAUGUAUGGAUAUUACGCCGGCAAAAUAUUACCCAGAAAUCUGUUUAUCAUAGUAUCCCUUUUAAUCGUGAGUUCUAAUUCACAAGAAUGGCUAAAUGUGACAUCAGAUUACACUGCGUUGAUGAAUGAUUUAAGUGUAGAAUUGUUAGAACCUGGUGCUAGUGUUCAAUUAUACGAAGUAAAAAAUGAUAACAACUAUACACUGAUGGGUGAAAUUCCUGUUGACGAAAACUGGCCAUCCAACGUAACUAUCCAUUGUGGUGUUAUAACGAAAGGCGGACGAUAUGCUCUUGAAUUGGUAUCCAACAUUACAAUAUCUGCGGAUGAAAAUACAGAUAACAACACAAACGAUGGGCAAAUUAUCGAAUUGGACGUGCGAUGGCCUUCGGCCACUUUAGAAUUUGAACCAAAACAUAUUUAUACGUAUCCAGAAUCAUGGCAACAAGUUAUGGUUAUAAUAAAAUUUGAAGGACCCCAGUGCGAACCUGCCGUCGGAUCAGCAGUUCCUGUACUUUGGUUAGAUUUAAUGUAUUGCGGUUUAACGGCAGACACUUGCAAGAAUGUCUCUAAAGUUACAUACUCUCAAAAUACAAUUGAACCCUUAGUAAUUCAUUCUGAACAGAUUAGAGGCUAUCCAACAUUCAGAAAAAUACAUUUGAAAUGUGAUGUACUUGGGAUCAUUGGGUUUUAUUCAGCAAUAUUGCGACCACCGUCGCAGAACGGACGUCAAGAAAUCGUGGCGAAUGUGGCUGACCACGGGCUGUUGGAAGUCGUUCAAAACAAUAAAUUCAUGUUAAACGUGCACGGUAAAUCGAUUUUCCCAUGUGACAGCUACGGUGGAGGCGUCCCUAUAGUUUUCCAGUAUCCUACGUGUAUCUUACCAACAGCAGAUAAAGUGAGAUUGUUCGGGCGCUUACGAGACAACGUUUCCACUUUGUUACCACCAACAAAGUUACACUACAUUUCUGAACACAGGGUAAUAAAAGGCCGCCACAACGUUUACUUCGACUGUGAAUUGUUUUCUGAAAAAUAUAUAGAAUACUGUUUUGUUUACGUCAAUCAAGCGAUAAAUAAAGCUUACACAAACAUAAAAACACAAUGUGUUCCAACACUACCAAUUGCAGAUGAUGACUCUGGUCAAUGGAGUAAAUGGAGUGAAUGGUCUCCUUGUUCUACUACGUGUUAUGGAGGAACUCGAAAUCGUUAUCGAACGUGUGACUCUCCACCUCCAAAGUAUGGAGCGACUUUUUGCCAAGGUCCAUCUUUACAAACUGAAAAAUGCGGCGAAAAAGCACUGUAUGGACAUGAAUGUGAAAAAGUUGAACAACAACAAAUUAAAACAUAUGGUGAUAAUUCUAGUUUAGAUAUUUUGCCAAAACAAGAUAGCGAAGAAUUAGGUAAUGAAUGUAAAUGUGGUUGUGUGAUUCAUAUGUCUAAGGCCACUCGGACAAUAUCAGCUACUACUAAAGGAUGUCCCGGUCGAUCUUUAUGGUUAAUAAAGGCAGAGGAUAAAACAAUCAUUCAAUUAGAUAUUGUAAGAAUAAUUUUAGUAUGCCCUGAACAAUGGAUAAAAAUUCGAGAUGGAAAUUCAACAGCUUCCAAUUUAUUGAUACACUUGGAGGGAUCUCCGGAAUCGAUAAAGCCUAUAUUAUCAUCAGGGUCAUAUUUACUUUUGGAAUUUUUCUCAAAAACUAUUUCAUCGUCAAAUGAUGAAUGUUUUGGGGGUUUUUUCGUCCAAAUUAGUCGAAUAGAAAAUAAGACGUCGAUUAUAAAUACAAAUCAUGUUCUUUUUAAAGACAAUAUAUUAUUUUUAAUAUCAAAUAUCGACUCAUUUCUAGCUACUGUCUCAGCUAUAUUUUUAUUUUUGGUUGUUACUUGCAUGUGCUUUACUGUUCAGUUUGCCGAACGUAAGCAUAAGUAUCAUAAGGCUAAAACUGCUGAUAAACACUCAAUUGGAUCAACUUAUGGAAUGUUACUUGAUAAUGAUCAUAUGACAUCAACUACUUCUAUACCGUCCCAAACUUUGUCUAAGUUUGAAGCGAUAAGUAUAAAUAUAAGUCAAGAUUUAAUCGAGAAUGAUAUCGAUUAUAUAGCAAAAAGUAAAACUGAAAAAAAAACAGAACAUUCAGAUACUUGUUUGCCAGUUAAUCAGCCUUGCACAUUUUCAAUUUCUCAAACAUCAUUAUCGUCACAUCAAACAAUGGUUCAGUCAACAUCCAGUUUAAGUAAAGAUAGUAGACAAAGAAGUUGUAGACUUCAUAAUACACUGAAUAGUAGUACAGACUCUAGCAUACAUGGACAUGAUGUAUCCGAUUUAGAAAUGGAUUAUUAUGAUUAUAACGUACAUAAUACAAAUUGUGUGCCUGGAUCAUACAUUGGGAUGGAUCCUGCAUAUUGUCUGUGGAUACCUCCAUUAUCUGACCAUAGUCCUGGUUCAGGCCAUGAAGUCAUGGAAAUGUCUGUUAUGGAAAGUAAAAAUAAUAAAUGCAAAAGGAAUAACGAGAUAAGCAGCAAAUUUAGUAACCGAUUAUCAGCAGAUAGUGAAUCCACUUUGAUCGGUGAUGAUUGCAUUUCAUUAAAAACUCUUGAAGCCUCACCAAAUAGGAAAUAUUUAAAAAUUGAGAACCAAAAGGCUGAAUAUUCAAUUAAUGACUCUAAUAUUAAGUUUGUUGAUGAAGAUGAUAAUUUAGAUAUAAAAGAUUUCAUUUCUGUUAAUGUGGAAAAUAAAAAUAUUUGUAAUAAAUGUUAAAAAAUUA